CAUUUCAAAAUUACGUGCAGCAGAAAUCAUAUUGAAACUCGACUCUUUGACUAUACAGGAAAAUAGACAUUAUAUUAGUUAAUAUAAUAUAUAUAUAUAACAACAGACAGAAAUAUACAUAUAUAUAUAUAUAUAUAUAUGUAUUUAUGCGAAAACUUUCAUUUAUAACAUCUACUUAACAACGUAAAAAACUCUUUUUUCUUAAUUUUUCGUAAGUUUUUGAUUUUUUUUAUCAUUUUUUUCCUUCUUUUAUUUUCUUUGAUAAAAAUUCUCUUUUUAAAAAGAAAAUAAAAAAAAUAACAAAGUAAACGUGGAAAAGUUUCUUAGUUCAUUAAUACAAGAUUCAGUGUUAUACUGUAUGUAUAGUAGUCUUGUACGUAAAUGGCUGGUAUGGUUGAGUGAGAGAAACAAUGCAAAAUAUGGUGAAACAUGUUUUUUUUUCUUCAUCAUACGUUAUAAUACGAACGUCGUUUAGUUAUGUUUACGAAAUUCUGUACACGAGCGUUAAUGCACUACAGGUUAUAGGAAACGAGAACCAAGGAAGUAAGGAGUUUGUCUAAUAUAUCAUCACGUGACGCGUAUAGUUGUAUUAUCUUUUAUAAAUGAAGAAAAUAAAUUCUUUUUAGUCUGUUUAGAAAUAAUUUCAAAUUUUGUCAUGUCUGGCAGGCUUUUUGUCCUUAUAAAGGCAACAUGGCGACGUAAAUAUAGAAAAGGGAAAAAAGCUAUUGGUCACGUGUUUAUGAUCUUUUGUUAGGAUGCUUUGAGAGUUGGCUCUAAAAUAGAAUGAAUUGGGUGCGCGUGUAAGAUCGCGUGGUGUUUAAAAGAAAAAUUUAAGUGCGACAAAUAUCAAUGUAUAAAAUUGUGAUUGAAGCCAACAUAGCUUCACGUGACUGGUUUAGAUGUUCAAAUGUAGCCCUACUUCACACGCUCUUGUCACAACAACGCUAUUUAUGACGCUUUUAUUUUAUAACGUAUUAGAAUAAAAAUAUGUGAACCUUCUUCUUUUUUAUACUAAUAAAAAUAUUUAAGAUAAGAAAAUUUUCUUCCCUCAAUAACCUACUAAUAUUUACAAAGAGAACCCAUCACUACCUAUCCCUAGGCUAAAUGAUAAAGAGUGGCGGGAGAAAACAGCCUCGGACUAUAGUUUUUCUAUUUAUACGAUAGAAAAAAGGGUUAAAGAGAGAGAGAGAGAAAGAGAGAGAGAGAGAGAGACAUGAUUGGGAGGGGGUAAAGAGUGAAAAGGGAAGAGAGAGAGAGGAAGAGAAAAAACCUACAAAUUUACCACAAAAUUCGACGAACCGUUAAUGACGAAGCAGAGCGAUAAAUACCGAUAAGGCGGGACAGUUUUAUCAUUAUUCGGCAUUCCUCUGCCGUAAACACAUAGUUUUGAGAAGAGCGAAGAGGAAUGUUGCCGGUUGUUUAUAUAACGAGUAUGAUUAUAAUCAUACACUCAUAUUUUGCAGAUUAAUUUAUUAAUUAAACGCAAUCCAAAAUCAAGCACAAAUUUAAUUAAAAUGUUUAUAAUUAUAGCAAUAUACUUUUUAUAUGUAUUACUAAAUUGGAAGAGCUUGUUGUAUAUACUAUGUACAAGUACAGACAAAAUAGGCGAGAACUAGUUUUCCAGAGCAGAAUCCUGCCGCCAAUUCGUACUCUGUUUAUUUGCGGUGUUAAGUAGCAAAAUGUUUACGCCGUAGAACAUUUCGGGUGAAAGAAGCGCCACCUCGUGAAAGGUUUGUCGUCCUUUUCCGCCAGUUUGUAGACGAGGAGCGACGAGUGAACUAUUGUGAAAAUUCUCUCUACAAAUAAUUACAUUAAUUUCAUCUUAUAAGGAUUCAGUACGAAUAGAUAAUAAUCAGGCAACGUAUUCUCAUAGCUAUUAAGCUAAAUAUCUACCAUUCUCGGCAAUGUUCUAAACAUAUUCCUUUAAAAAAUUGGAUAAUAUUGGAGCUAUUAAAGAGUUGUUUUUUAAAAAAAAAAAAGAAACAACGAUUGAUAACGGUAAACUGUAUGUUUCUUUUUUAUUAUUAUAUUUCAUUUAUUUAUUAAAAUUUCACUAUUUCUACUAGUUUUUUAGUGUUAGUAUUUUUUUUAAAAAAAACAAUUAUGCCAAAGAGAAAUAGAAAAAAAAAUAGUUUAAUUCUAAGAAGCUUAAUAUUUUCACCGGAUUUUAUUCACUUUCUUUGUGUUCCUGCAUUAAUGCUAUUAAGCAAGAACAAACCGAGAAUCGGAAGUGACGUGUAAUAAUAACUAUUACGAAAUAUAGCUUGAAAGAAGAAAUGGAAAGCCAAGUUUGUUUGGAGAAAAAAAUAAAAAAAAAGUUUCUUUUUUUAUCAUUUAAGAAGAUUUAAAAGCAAAUGAAUAAGAUUCCGAUUGAAAUAGUAAAAAGAGAGAAGAGAUUGAAAAUGAGAGAGAGAGAGAGAGAGAGAGAGAGAGAAAGUCAUGAUAGGAAUUCUGUAUACAUAAUUAUCUUUUACCUAAAAAAAACCUCCUUGUAAUCGUUAUACUCAAUUCAUCAUGUUAUUCAAAUAAAACCUGGUAGGAUUUUUAUGCAAAUAUGUGACUUUGUACUGGUUCGUCAUGAAUUAUCAUCACAGUUGCAUUCAUCUUUAGAGUUUAGAAAGACCAUGCCUCCAUAUGUAAUGUAUUUGCGCUGAACCCGUAAAUCCUUAUAGAUCUUAUAUAUCCAAGCCGUUUACCCAAUUUUAUGUAAUUUUCUAUUACUCUAUUUUAUAAGUAUAAAAGAUAUGUUUACUAUCCACUAAUAGAUAAAACAGGUAAGAACAUAUAGGUUAAUUAUUUGAGUGUAAAUUGAUGAACGUUGUAUAACAUCUUGACAGAAUAAGGAUUUGUCGACAGGUUGACGUCGUGAAUAUUAAUUAAAGAGAUGAGUGUCGUCUACUGGAAGAUCGUCAAUGGAACCCUAGUUCCGAUAGCAGCCGGAAGUCCGUUAACGCCGUUAAUUACUGCUCAAAUGACUGCCGGAUGGCCAUAUUUGGCAAUGGCAAAUAGAUUUUUGAAGGCUCCGAGUAACGCUAAACCAGUAAAAUGUGAAGCUUGCGAAAUUACAUUAAAUUCCGAACGUCAGGCCAAACAACAUUUUGAAGGCGUCAAACAUUUGAAACAAUUACAAAAGAAAAAAAUGCCUUUACCGCCCGAACUGGAAGAGAAAUUGAAUAAAUACAACGAAAAGAAUUCCAAACGCCGGCGGCAAGAAUCCAGACAUAAAGGAAAGCCUAUGGAAGAAGAAGAGGGAAUCAAGGACAGAAAGCGAGAGGAAAAGCUUCUCUCAAAAGAUGAAAAUGAGAAUAGCGUAUCGGAAGUAGCAGAAACGAAUAAAGAGAUUGAGGAAGAGGAGGAAAAAGCCGUCGAUAAAGGACGCCUAAUUACUUGCAUCGAUGGUUCAUUUGACACUGAAAAUUGUAACGAACUCCGAACGAAAGAUAAUAAUUGCAAACUUCGCCUUUCUAAUAACACUGCUGGGAACUUCUAUAGCGCUCUAGAACAGAUUGCUGCCAAGAGAAUCAGAUUAGAUUACGAAAUAGGUAAGCCAAGUCUUGGCGAUUCCUAAUGGUUGUACUAAUUCGGUCCGGCAGACGGCGCACUUUAUUUUUUUUUGAAAGUAUCCUGCAGAUGGCAUAAAGUACUAUUAAGAAGAACCUUUCAGAUAACCUUAACUGUUCAAUAAACUGAUUAGGAUACUCGGUUAGAAGGGCUUAGAAUAAUAUUCAAAAAAAGACAUUUUUUGUGUCUAAUUAUUGAAGCAAUUAACACUAAUAACGAAUCUAAUCUUUAAUAAGUAAUCAUACAAUCAAGAGAGAUAAUUUAAACCAAAUUUUUCCUUACAAUUUUUGAUUUGUUCUAGGUAAUAUAUAGACAGUAUAUAUAUAAAUUAUAUAUAUAUAUAUAUAUACUAUAUAGUUGCUUUAUCGAUAACCUAUUUCACAUUUUUUAAAAUUAUUCAUAGAAAAAAAAAUCCAGAAAAGUGUUUGACAGAAACUCUGCCCACUCCAAUUACAUGCAUAUAAAUUAGACCUAAUUAAUUUUUUUUGGGUAUGUCAUGUGUUGUUUUUAUUCUUUUAUAUAUAUAUAUAUACUGUAUAUAUGCACUAUAUAUUAUAUAAGAUAUAUAAAGAGGAAUUAAAACAAACUGUACAAAACCUAAAAAAUAAUAAUAAAAUGUAGGCUGAAGUUUCGAACAUAUAGGAAUUUGUAAAAAAAAAAAAAAACAGAACUAUACAUAUAUAUAUAUAUUUAAUUAACUUUCUAACAAUUUACAACUUUUGGGGGAAUCUAUGCUAAAUCUGUGGAGUAAAGGAAUAAAAAAAACCAUAUAUAAAACAACAUUUAAAGACAAAUCUUUGUAUAUAUGGUUUUAAUUAAUUAAUCGCGUUAUUAAUUAAUUACAAUUUCUUUAUUUAUUCAUUAAUUAAUUAUUAUUUCUUUGAAUGUUUCCUAUAAUUUAAUUUAUUUAUUUAUAGUUUCUUUUUUAUUUUAAAUUUAAUUCAUUCUACAAAAAGAAACGACAAUUACGUCUUUGUAUACAAAUGUAUUACUAUGUGUAUUACUAUAUUUAUAAAUUGAUAUCUAUUCUUUAAUUUUUCUUUUCUAGGUGCUACAGAAUUAUCAGAACAAGCAUUGAACGAAGCUAUAGAAUAAUAAUAUAAAACUUAAACGGAGAGAAAACUUUUAUCUCGCAAAUAUUUCUAUUCUUUUUCUAUUAUUAUUAAAAAGGAAAGAAAGAAUCGAAUUGUAAAUAUAAACAUUUUCAUAAAUAAAAAUUUGAUCGGUACAAGCCUUCUUGUCUGUCUAAAAAUAUAUAUAUAUAUAUAAACAGUAUAUAACAUAUAUGUUUGUGGUUUUUUUUUCUAUUCAGGCCUAAUAUUUCGCUUCUGAAACAGGCGUAUUUGCGUAAUAAUUUUGUUAUUGUAUAAUUUCUACCGCCUGUAAUUUUUUACUAGGAUUAUAUCCGGAUAUUCUACUGUAAAAAAAAACCAGCAUGAAUAACAAAAGGUAUUAAAAUUUGCGACAUUUGCAGAUGUUUGUAGGGAAAUCUUUA